GAUGCCGCCAUGCAGCACUACGGGGUGAACGGAUACUCGCUGCAUGCCAUGAACUCGCUCAGCGCCAUGUACAACCUGCACCAGCAGGCAGCCCAGCAGGCCCAGCACGCGCCCGACUACCGGCCUUCAGUGCACGCGCUUACGCUGGCUGAGCGCCUGGCUGACAUCAUCUUGGAGGCCCGCUAUGGCUCUCAGCACCGCAAACAGCGUCGCAGCCGCACGGCGUUCACCGCUCAGCAGCUCGAGGCCCUGGAAAAGACCUUCCAGAAGACUCACUACCCAGACGUGGUGAUGCGAGAGAGGCUGGCCAUGUGCACCAACCUGCCUGAGGCCCGGGUGCAGGUGUGGUUCAAGAACCGCAGGGCCAAGUUCCGGAAGAAGCAGCGCAGUCUGCAGAAAGAGCAGCUCCAGAAGCAGAAGGAGGCUGAGGGCUCCCACGGGGAGGGCAAGACCGAAGCCCCAACCCCAGACACCCAGCUGGAGACUGACCAGCCCCCCAGUCUGCCCAGUGGCGACCCCCCUGCUGAGCUCCACCUGAGCCUGUCAGAGCAGUCGGCCAGUGAGUCAGCCCCUGAGGAUCAGCCAGACCGUGAGGAGGACCCCCGGGCGGGGGCUGAGGACCCCAAAGCUGAGAAGAGCCCUGGGACUGAGGGCAAGGGGCUGAGCUGCAAGAGGGGCAGCCCCAAGGCAGAUUCCCCCGGCAGCCUGGCCCUAGCGCCUGCAGCCCCAGGGGGCGGCCUCCUGGGCCCCUCCCACUCCUACUCCUCGUCCCCGCUGAGCCUCUUCCGCCUGCAGGAGCAAUUCCGCCAGCACAUGGCGGCCACCAACAACCUGGUGCACUACUCCUCCUUCGAAGUGGGGGGCCCAGCCCCCGCUGCUGCUGCAGCUGCCGCUGCCGCCGUGCCCUACCUGGGGGUCAACAUGGCCCCGCUGGGCUCUCUGCACUGCCAGUCCUACUACCAGUCCCUGUCAGCAGCCGCUGCUGCCCACCAGGGUGUGUGGGGGUCCCCACUGCUGCCUGCACCCCCGGCAGGCCUGGCGCCUGCCUCGGCUGCCCUGAACAGUAAAACCACAAGCAUCGAGAACCUGCGGCUCCGGGCCAAGCAGCACGCAGCCUCCCUGGGACUCGAUACGCUGCCCAACUGACUGUCUGGCCUCCAACCCAGCCAGGGGUCUUGGGUGCCCCCUCCCAGCCCCGUGGUUAUUCCCAGGCGGCUCUCAAGGAGUUAGCUCUGUGAGCCCAGGGAUCCUGCACCCGGCGUCCUGUUCCCUGUCCCCUUCUCCAGCCCCCAGCCCGAGGGGAAGCCCACACCUGCACACCCUCUGCAUGGCCCUGCUUGGACCCCGUGGAGGCCGAAGGGGGAGGAGGUGAGAGGCUGGGGUGCCCCAGCUUCCCUUUGGGAGGCGAGAGGCUCCCACUGGCUAGAUCCCCACCUCGAUAGCACCUCCCCCCUUCUUUCCCUCCCCUUCGGCCCCCUAGUAAGUCGAUGUGUGGAAUGUGAGAUAUAAAUAUAAAUAUAUAAAGCUAUAUUUUCAGGCACCUGCCUGCCCCAGGUCCCUGCCCCGCUCCCAUCUCUUCUCUGCUGCCACCCUCGCCUCCACCUCCAGCCCCGCAGCUCACUCCAGCCUUCUCUCUCUCUCUGACUCCAUCUCCUUUCCUCCCUCCCUCCAUCUCCCUCUACCUGCCUGGGUCCGGUCUGGCCCCUCUCUGCCCAUCCUCUGCCUUUCCCUUAUGUCUCUCCCCCCACCCCUGGUUUCUUCCUUUGGUGCUGACUGUGUUGGUGUCAUCCGUUCCUAAGCUAUGUUUUGUUUGGGGUUGUGGCUGUUUGGGUUUUAGUAAUUUCGCUUCUUCCUGUUCCUCUCCUUCUCUUCCCUCCCCGCUUCAUCCCUGCCUGCCUAUCUCCUCUCCCCGCCUGCACCCUCUCCAGGCCCUGCUCCUUCCCAGGCUCUGGGGGCAGCAAGGCCCUAGCUGGAGACCCUGUGGCUCUGGAGCUGCAGGCCGGAGGUGGCACUGGCCCCCGCACCCACCCUCCCCCGGGCCUGACAUCCAGAAGGAGUCGUGGGUCACUUUCUCUUCUCUCUGCUCAGUGUUGAGGUCCCAGUUUCCUGGAUUGAGGAGGCGAUAGUCAGGCUGGGGCAGGUGGUAGAAUGGGCAGCAUCCCUGCCUGCAAGUCCUCCAAGGACAGAGGCCUGGUGUCAGCGUUCACCCAGGACUGACCACAGGGCUCUAGAGCUCUCUUUGGGGAGACUUCCCUGGUUGGAGGGAGGCAGCAGGGGAAGAGGAGCCUCAGAGGAACAGGGCUGGCGCUGCUCUCCCACAGCCAGACUCCAGGUUCCGCCGGCGCUGUCCUCCCAGGAGCGCGCCUGAGCCAGGCACCGAGGCAGAACUCUGGCUCCUGAUCACGGUGAGUGCAAACCACAUAGCAGCGCACAGGCUCAGGCUGCUGUCGGCUUCCCGGAGCCAAUUGUUGAAAUAAGGGCUUUUGUCCAGCUAGUCCCCGGCACGGAAAGUUGUGUUUCUAUUUAUGGCCAAGAAACCCAGCUCAGAAACUCCCUUUCAAAGCUGUGUGACCUUGGGCA